AGCAGAAAUCGAAAGCCGGCUCGGCGACGCUUUUCAAGUUGCGGCCUCUUGCUAAGCGGCGCCCGUAUAUGACGUCUGCAAAAACACAGACGGCUAAAGAAAGGAAGGCGACCUUUUGAAGACGGGGCGGCUGGUAGCCGCUAUGAAGGAAACGCCGCUCUCUAACUGUGAGAAACGGUUCCUGCUCCGGGCUAUCGAGGAAAGGAAGCGACUGGAUGGGCGACAGUGCUACGAUUACAGAAACCUCCGCAUUUCUUUUGGUGUUGACUAUGGCUGCUGUAUUGUGGAGCUUGGAAAAACAAGAGUUCUUGGGCAAGUGUCAUGUGAACUUGUCUCCCCUAAGCCAAAUCGUGCAACAGAAGGCAUACUUUUCUUUAAUCUAGAGCUGUCACCCAUGGCAUCACCAGCUUUUGAACCUGGAAGGCAAUCUGAAUUGCUUGUAAAACUGAAUCGGCUGUUAGAAAGAUGCCUAAGGAACUCGAAGUGUGUAGAUACUGAAUCUCUUUGUGUUGUUGCUGGUGAAAAGGUGUGGCAAAUUCGUGUGGAUCUGCAUUUGCUGAAUCAUAAUGGAAACAUUAUUGAUGCUGCAAGUAUAGCAGCAAUAGUGGCACUAUGCCAUUUUCGGAGGCCUGACGUGUCAGUACAGGGAGAAGAAGUAACAUUGUAUACACCUGAAGAAAGGGAUCCUGUCCCUCUGAGUAUCCACCACAUGCCUAUUUGUGUAAGCUUUGCUUUUUUCCAGCAAGGGACUUACUUACUAGUAGAUCCCAGUGAACAAGAGGAACGUGUAAUGGAUGGCCUCCUUGUAAUAGCCAUGAACAAACACCGUGAAAUCUGCACUAUUCAAUCCAGUGGUGGAAUUAUGCUACUAAAAGAACAGGUUUUGAGAUGCAGCAAAAUAACAGGAGUCAAAGUAGCAGAAAUCACUGAACUAAUUCAAAAAGCUUUGGAAAAUGAUCAAAAAGCUAGGAAAGAAGGUGGAAAAUAUGGAUUUGCAGAAUCUAUUCCUAAUGAAAGAAUAACUGCCUUUAAAAUAGAACAAGCCCCAGUCAAUACUAAUGAUGUACAAGAGCAAGCUGAAGAAAUAAUUUCCAAAGCAUUUCCUCCUCCAGAAGUCUUGUCCAAGCCUGUAUUAUGGGCAUCAGGCACAGCUCAGAUUGGAGAAGGACUUCAGAAGUCAUGGGCAGAUUUUGAGGAAUCUGAGAUGGAAGAAGAAGAAGAUGGCCAGGAUGAAUCCCUAACAGCAGAAGACCAAAAUAUAGAAAUGGGAGAUGUUCAUAUUGGAGCCAAAAAUCAAAAAGAAGAGGCAAUUGUAUUAUCGGACAGUGAAGAAGAGGAUGUUGUUAUUCUAGAACCUGAAGUAACACCAAAGAACAGAACAAAGCAGAAAUCAGAAACCACAAAGAAAAAACCAGCUGGCAAAAAUAAGAAAAAACGAACAGUUUGUUAAAAGUAGAAGAAACCAUUCAGCCUGGAUCUAAUGAAAAUAAAGUCUGUGGCCUUCUGGCUUGGCGUCGUGGUGGUAUGGUCAAUGGAUAGCGGAGCUCUGCAAAUCCCAGAUACUUCAUCAUUGGGGGCCCUAAGGGGCUAAAGUCUCCCUGGAGAGGUGAUGAAGAAAGGAGGGGUCACUUGCUUAUCGCAGGAGAGUGGCAGCUCUUCUGUUUGAUCUGAGAAGACUGAUGGCCAUUAUGGCUAACCGAAGCUGGGGCAACUGAAGAAAGAAAUGAACUGGAGCGGUAUGAGAACAGUGGAUUGGAACUGGGUGAGACCUUUUUUAAUUUUUUUACUAGAGACCCACUUUAAAUAAAAGAACUUUUGAAAGACUCUGAAGUGCUGAGAAAGCAGCGAAUUAACACACGGACAAAAAGUAGAGACCCAAAAGAGAAAUGAAAAGUUAACGGAAGAAUUUGAAGUUUUAAAAUAUUGAAAGUUUGAACUGGAACAUGUGGUGUUAUGAUAAGUAACCCUAAUCUCCUGGAAAUUUUGUCUGACUGUUGGAAGAAACUGUAUAAUGAAAAAGGGUUAUUUUGCUCUUUUUAUUCAACUUUGACAAAAAGCUGGAUUAGUUUUAGUACUGAGAACUCGAGUUGGUGCCAUCUACUGGCCAAAGAAGAUAUUAUAUUCUUACAGGGCUGAAAGACCUUGAAAGUUAUAAGAGA